AUGGGACGAACAUUACCAAGUCCUGUACCAUGUAAAGUUUGUGGUGAUCGUUCUUAUGGGAAACAUUACGGAGUGUACAGUUGCGAUGGUUGUUCUUGUUUUUUCAAAAGAUCUGUUCGUCGAAAAAUCACUUAUACUUGUAUAGAAAUUAAUGAGCAAUUAAAUCCAGCUGGAACAGGAUCUUGUUUAAUUAAUAAAGCAAGAAGAAAUUGGUGUCCUCAUUGCAGACUUAAGAAAUGUUUUGAAGUUCAUAUGAACACUGCAGCUGUACAAGAAGAACGAGGUCCUCGGUCAAGAACUGGAAACAAAAUACCACAGUUAAAUUCAACCAAUUCAUGGAGUUCACAUGAAACAUUGCUAAUGGAUCCUUUCAACGGUCAAAUAAACCCAGCUUUUAAAUUAAAUGAGAUCGAUAAAACUCAUGAUGUUGCGAUUUUAGCAAAUACAUUCAAUCAAGCAUUUGUUGAAAAUCCAAUCCACCCAAGAAUCAUAUCAUCGGGAGAAGCAGUACAGUACGAAGUAGCUGCCCAAAUAUUUUUAUCAGCUAUUCGUGGAGCUCGUCGCCACAAGGACUUCUCGAGAAUCAGUAUAACAACCCAGAACUGGAUAUUGCACCACAAUUGGUCCGCCAUAUUUAUUCUAAAAGCUGCACUGUGGCCAGUUGAUUUGACGGAAUUCCAAUUGAGAAAUGUUAUAGUUAAUAAAACGAUCACGAGAUAUUUAUCAUCAACAAGGGCUAUGAUUUCGAAACUAGAACUCACCGAAGUUGAACUAUCAUGUCUUGAAACAUUUGCUCUAUGUCGUUCUGAAUUAACUGAUUCCAUCGAAGACUUUGCGGUUAUGAAUAAUGCUCAAAGAUCAGCAUUGAGAUUAUUAAGUGAUCAUAUCGAAGGACGAGUGGAUGAUUUUCAAAGGAUAGCAGAAAUCAUUUUGAUUCUACCAAUAUUAUUUGCUUGUUGUUCAAGAGAAUUAUCAUGUACUUUUUUUACACCAGUCAUUGGUGAUGUUAGUCUUGAUCAAGUGAUUGCUUCUAUUCAAUAA